AUGUACAACAGGAAGCUAUCUUUGGCCACUUUAGAUGAAGGCGAAGAAGAAACACCAGACAAAACUAAAGUUCGAUCUCCUGAAAUGCAAGAUGAGAAUUCGACUCAGAAAAAUUCAGGAGCCUGCUUUCUUGAGAAACCAUCAAUGUCAACGGAAGAAGCUCGGCGUAAAACCCCUUGUCCAUCAGACACGACAAGAUGCAACGCAUCCAACACUAACAUCGUAUCCCAGGUUAAGCUGGAUCUUCAGGACACUGACUGUGCAGACAGUAAAGAUGAUAAGCAAAGCAUUGACGAUGACGAAAUGAAAGAAAGAUCAGGAAGUCCAUCAAAUGGCAAAAUGAUGUCUUCAAAGCUGGAUUAUUUAAAUAAUGGCGAAGUGUCAUGCAGCGACAGUUUUGAUGAAAAGGUCGCAGAGGAUGUCAGUUCAGACAGUGGUGGUAAUCUCAAAAUAAAGGCGCGCGCAUACAUUAAAAGAGAGUGUUCACUGAGUCCAAAUAUUGAAGGCAGGGACGAUUCUGAUGGUAGCGGAGCCAAUACUCUGCAACCAACGUCAGUCGUGAACAAAUUGCCAAAUAAAUCCAAACACGGAAACCGGUCGCUGUCAAGAUCAAGUUCCAAGUCGCUUGGUGUUGCCGGUUCUCCAGAUAUUUUGUCUGGGUGUAAUCAAACAAGAGAAGAAGCAGAAAGAGCUCUUGUGAACCAACUGCAGCUGCCCAGUGAUGUUUUGUAUCUCAGACAACAAGACAUGACCAUUCAUGGGACUCCCAGUGUUGGUUGGGUUGUCUGUUGUGCCAUUCCGUUGCCACAAGGGUCUUCUUUAGGUCCAUUUCAAGGCCAGAUUGUCCCACCCGAAACAGUAAAAGUCGGGGAUCUCAUUGUCCAGUUCACCAACAAGAAGGGACAGCAAGCGUUGAUGAACGUAGCAGGACAGUCGGGUGGGUGGUUGGCCUUGCUGAGAUCAACCGCGGCCACCACAGACAGGAACACUCACGUCUACUGGGAAGGUGGACGAAUAUGGUGUGAGAUUGUGGCUGACAUAGACAUAGGGACUGAACUAAGAGCCACAUUCUCCUUCCAAAAUGACGAUGACAGUGAAGAAGAAGUCAGCGAUGAAGCUCCAAGCACAGCCGAGAUUAAAGGACCAGAGGCAUCGUCCAGUGAAGACACCAGUAGCGGGGUCCAACAUUUACAACAUCCCUACCAACAACAAGCAGCUCCAGGUCAUGCUGCUUUAAUCUACGGAUGCCCUUUCUGCGGAGUUCGAUUCUCUAGUCCUCGAACCUUGCAAGGACAUCUGAGUUUCUACUGCUCCAAGAAGACUUCAGAUCCAAAUGUUACAAUCGGACACAAAGAACGGGAUAAGGGAAGCAAUCAGAACAAAACCCAACAAGAAGGUCCUCCAGUCAAGCAAGAAGCAGAAAUGCAGCUGGAAAAUGGAUCCCAUGCUUUGAAGCAAAAUACCAGUGAUUCCAACAGCCAGUCUGAAUUAACCGAACAGCAGAGUUUACUAGCACAAGCAAAAGUUGGCCGGCCCGGUCAAGUGUUUAAGUGCAAACACUGCUCAUACAAAGCUGAUAAACUUAACAGUUUGAACCGCCACAUGCGCAUGCACAAUAUCGAGAAGGCCAGAGUUCCAAACUGUUCAACAAAGGAAAGAGCACCAUCCAGCAAGAAUGAACAAGCAGUUAGUAUAGUCAGGUCUCCAAACUCUGAGACAUUCUGCAAAGAAUGCAGGAUUCAGUUUUCAAAUCUCCAUACCUACAAAUGUCACAAGGAACAUUAUUGUGCCCAAAGAAGAAAGACAGGUUUGGCUGACCCAUCAGCAUUUGCUGCCAUGUUCCAUUCCCCAUUUUCAUUCCAUGAUGCUGCAAAGGUGGGUAUUCCUUCGGCUUUACAGAUGGCAGCUCUGGCCAAUGGAGCUAACUCAGGAAUGGCUGCAGUACUGCUUUCAGCUCCUGUGUUAACAGCCAGCGGCAUGGCCAACAUAGCUAUUUCCAUUCCAACAAUGCUGAUGCCAUCUGUGGUGGCUGGUAAAGAUGUUGUGGCAAAUAUGACCAGUCCUGCAGCUAAAAGAUCUCCUGACAUGCAGUCACGUGCAUCUUCUUCUCUGACUUCAUCACAUGCCAUGCCACGGAAGCACUUUUUAAACUUCUCUGCUUCUGCUUCAGCUGACUACAAGCAAGCACUGCAAGAAUUCCAGAAAUCAUCAGAGUUAAUCUCUAUGAAGAUGGAUUCUGCGGAAGAGGACCACCCACUUGAUUUAACAGUCACUAAAAGAGAAAUAAAAUCUGAAAGUGACAGCAGUAAUGAAAUCACCAAGCAAAGCCCAACACUCAGAAUUGACAGAUUAUCUGAAUCCAGAAAAAGUGUACGUCCAACUUCAUUACAGGUUUUAACAGACCCUUACCAGCAAAACACAGAUCUAAAUGAGGAUUCAAGCUCUCCACCCUCGAGUCCCUUAUGCCAGAAUUUGUCCACAAAAGAGUCAGGUGAUUUUAAGCAAACUAAAAUCACUACAGGCUCACACUCACUGCAAGUUCCAAGAUCUGAAAAUCUCACUGCUAAUUCAAUCAUCAAAGUAAUUCCACAUCCAUCUAUUCUGGUUCCUCAGACAAAUUUCCUUUCCUUGCCACUAACAUUAUCACCCCCGGCUAAACUAUCAGCACCCUCUUCUCCUUCAGGAUCUGCUACAGGCAUCAGCAAAUGUGCUGACUGUAACAUUGUAUUCUACAAACAUGACAAUUAUUUAAUCCACAAGAAACAUUACUGUUCAGGUAAAAGACGUCUGAGUACUCAGCCUGGACCUAUUAUAGAUAGUGCCUCGCUUGUUGACAGCAGUGACAUGAAACCCCAAGUUCACCAAUCACAGUCACCACCGACACAGUCACCACCCCUGAGGAUCAAGAAAGAUCAGGACAGAGAAUACCUGAACUCAGCUGAAUCCCAUCAGGAUCCUAGUUUAUCAGUUCCCAAGCAUUCCAGUGAAAUCAAAUACAAAUUCUACUGUGUUCCAUGUCGAAUCAAGUUCAGCAACUCAAGUAUAUUAGAGGCACACAAAGAAUACUAUUGUCCUGCUGGCAAAGACAGUGAGCAGUCAGUUAUUGUCCAGACAGCAUCCUCAGAAGCUGUUUCCAUACCAUCUCCUAAAGAUGAACAGGACCAGGCAUCACCAGAUUUGCCUCAGGAUGAGUUCAUGUGUUCCAGGUGUAGUAGCAUCUUUGUUUCUGCCAGGCUUCUCCGCUUGCAUGUCUGCGAUGGCGGAUUCCCUUGCCCUCACUGUGACCAUGUGUCAAUCACAGAGAACAGGCUCACUGAACACCUCAAGGUUCAUGCGCCAACAAAAGCCUACAGGUGCACAAUUUGUGGCUACCGUGGCAACACUGCCCGAGGUAUGAGAAUGCAUGGUAAAACACACAUUGAUGAAGGACUCCAUUUCACAGAUGAGAACAUGCUGGCAUAUCAUGAACCAGCUCUGAUUCCUGUUGUCCACAGCCCGUUCCCAGGAUCUACAACAGACUCAGAACUAUUGAGGUUAAAAAAUGAGCCAUACAAGCGACGAAGGUCACGAAAAGCUUAUGAAAAAUUUGAUUACCCUCUCCCAAAAUGUGACAUUCCUCACAUCUGUCCACUGUGUGGUCAGACUUUUACCAGUCCUGAUUUACUGGCAUCACAUUUCAAAGUACAUGAGAUAACUGCAUCUCAGUACUUGGUUGGACUUGUUAAAUGUACUCACUGUGGUUUUAUAGCCAAGUCACCAGAACAUCUUCAUUCUCACAUUGAUUCUAAACACAUGAGUGGUAACAGAAGUAAAAAGCCACGAUUAUCUUCACCUGACAGUGAGGACCAGAGUCUUCCAAGAGAAGGUGGAAGUCGAGGAGUGUGGACGUCUCAAAGGAAAAUAGGAAAUACACAGAAUCAGAGACAUGUUCUGUUUGAAGAAGAUAGUAAUUUACCCAAUGAAAAGUCUAAAAUUCAUUUUAAAGGUAUUGGUGGUGACUCAACAGGUACCAGAAAUGAUGACAGUCCAGAAGCCAUUGCACACCACAGUAUAACAGUUAAGACAGAACCAAUGGAUGAAAGUAAGCAUGAUAGUGAUCCAUCCAUUAAACUCAAUCACUUUUUGCAAACACCCAACCAGAGUCCAGACAUAUGCUUGAGCAAUGAUUUUGACAACAGAAGGCAGUCUAGUGCUUCCCCAUCAAGUUCCCCAAGAGGGAAGGCAGGCUCUCCAGACAACUGUCUGCAAGAUGAACAACAGCUCUUAUACCCGCUCCAUGACAACAGAGGUCAACAUGAUUCAGAUGCUAGCCAGCCUGAGACAGAACCCGGAGAGAUCCCUGUGGGUCAUGUUAAACUUGAACCACAUUAUGAUGAUGAUAUAUCAGACCACCAAGGACAAAAUAGUUCUGAUGCUGAAGAAGAUCCCAAGGCAGGUAUGCAACAUAAAAAAAACAGCAGGAUCACAAGCCGCCAGUCAAGUGGAACAACAAAUACAGAUCUGAAAAGAAGAAGCCCUCUAGCUGUUUCAAAAGCAGCUAAACCAGAAUUCAUUCCACCAAAGUCAAUUCUGAGCACACCAAAUUUUCUGGAAAGCUCUCCCCCACAUGGCAAUCACAGCCCUGUGUUGUCCAGCACCAGCUUCAGACUUAACUCAUUAUCUUCCUCUUCAGCACUGCCAAUAUUAGAUACCCAUGUUACUACAACCUCCUUGGCUGCCAUUUUCUCACCAAGUCCUGCUCAGACUCAUUCCAUCCCUUUCCCUUGCGCGACCCCUCAGAUUGCACUUCCGUAUCUGUUUCUGUCGCCUCUCCAGCCAGGAACAGUUUCAGCACCAAGUACUCUGAGUGUAAGAGAUGAUAGAAGUGUUGGAACACGCUACUGUCAAAACUGUGAUAUCUCUUUCUCAAAGCAAGCCACAUACCUGGCCCACAAGAAGUACUACUGCACAGCACAGCCAAGAGGAGAGGUCCAUUCGUCAGCCAAAGCCUAA